CCUCUCCGGGCCCGUGGGGCUCUUGCGCCUUCUAGCUUCGGGAAGCCCAGUUCGUUUAGGGCCACCAUCAUUAUUGAGCUUCCUUCUUUCUGCCUACUGCUUUCCCCACUGGAAUUUGAUUUACGGAAGGUGGGAUCUCACUUCCUCCCUUGCCCCCAGUCAGCUGGCUUCUGCACCUUCGUGGUCACCACCGCCAAGUUGAUCUUGGGAGACAGAAGAUUCGCUGUUUCCUGUCUGCUGCUCUUGAGGUGGGGGGGGGGGUUCUCCUGUCAGUCUUAGACAGGCUGCUUGAUCCUCAGGACCUAAAGUUGCCACGGAUCUUCUGCUCUGAGAACAGAGCGUGGAAAGGAGUGUGUGUCUACUGGCUUUACUGCCUUAAAUAUUACCGUUCUGUAUUAUUUUGUGCACAUUUACCGGGGCAUUCUUGCUGGUAGCCCCUCUCUAAGGCACUGGGCCUCGGGCACUGCUCCGAACAGUGAGCUAAAGAGAAAUCCCCACGGGGAAGAUGCGCGGCAUUGGCUGGCAGACGCUGUCCCUGUCACUGGGGUUAGUGUUGUCGAUUUUGGACAAGGUGGCGCCGCAGGCGUGCCCGGCACAGUGCUCUUGCUCGGGCAGCACGGUGGACUGUCAUGGACUGGCACUGCGCAGCGUACCCCGGAAUAUUCCCCGCAACACUGAGAGACUGGAUUUGAAUGGAAAUAACAUCACACGAAUUACGAAGACAGAUUUUGCUGGCCUCAGACACCUAAGAGUUCUUCAGCUUAUGGAGAACAAGAUCAGCACCAUCGAAAGAGGAGCAUUCCAGGAUCUGAAAGAACUGGAGAGACUGCGGUUAAAUAGAAAUCACCUUCAGCUGUUUCCCGAGUUGCUGUUCCUUGGGACUUCAAAGCUCUACAGGCUUGAUCUCAGUGAAAAUCAAAUUCAGGCAAUUCCAAGGAAGGCUUUCCGUGGGGCAGUUGACAUUAAAAAUUUGCAACUGGAUUACAACCAGAUCAGCUGUAUUGAAGAUGGGGCAUUUAGGGCUCUGCGGGACCUGGAAGUGCUCACCCUCAACAAUAACAACAUUACUAGACUUUCUGUGGCAAGUUUCAACCACAUGCCUAAACUUAGGACAUUUCGACUUCACUCAAACAACCUGUAUUGUGACUGUCAUCUGGCCUGGCUCUCCGACUGGCUUCGCCAAAGGCCUCGAGUGGGACUUUACACUCAGUGUAUGGCCCCUUCCCACCUGAGGGGCCACAAUGUAGCAGAGGUUCAAAAACGAGAAUUUGUCUGCAAUGAUGAGGAAGAAGGUCACCAGUCAUCUACGGCGCCCUCCUGCAGCGUUUUGCACUGCCCUGCUGCCUGUGCUUGCAGCAACAACAUUGUGGACUGCCGUGGGAAGGGCCUCACUGAGAUACCCACAAACCUGCCAGAGACCAUCACAGAAAUACGUUUGGAGCAGAACUCAAUCAGAGUCAUCCCUCCUGGAGCUUUCUCACCAUAUAAAAAGCUCAGAAGAAUUGACCUGAGCAAUAACCAGAUCUCUGAACUUGCACCAGAUUCUUUCCAAGGUUUGCGCUCUCUGAAUUCACUUGUCCUCUAUGGAAAUAAAAUCACAGAAAUCCCAAAAAGUUUAUUUGAAGGACUAUUUUCCUUGCAGCUAUUAUUAUUGAAUGCCAACAAGAUAAACUGCCUUCGGGUAGACGCUUUUCAGGAUUUGCACAACUUGAACCUUCUCUCCUUAUAUGACAACAAGCUUCAGACCAUUGCCAAGGGUACCUUUUCAGCUCUUCGAGCCAUCCAAACUAUGCAUUUGGCCCAGAACCCCUUUAUUUGUGACUGCCAUCUCAAGUGGCUAGCGGAUUAUCUCCAUACCAACCCAAUUGAGACCAGUGGUGCCCGCUGCACCAGCCCUCGCCGCUUGGCAAACAAAAGAAUAGGACAGAUCAAAAGCAAGAAAUUCCGUUGUUCAGCUAAAGAACAGUAUUUCAUUCCAGGUACAGAAGAUUAUCGAUCAAAAUUAAGUGGAGACUGCUUUGCAGACUUGGCUUGUCCUGAAAAGUGUCGUUGUGAAGGGACCACAGUAGAUUGCUCCAAUCAAAAACUCAGUAAAAUUCCGGAUCACCUUCCCCAAUAUACUGCUGAGCUGCGCCUCAAUAACAAUGAGUUCGCAGUUUUAGAAGCCACAGGAAUUUUUAAGAAGCUCCCUCAGUUACGAAAAAUCAACUUUAGCAACAACAAAAUUACAGAUAUUGAGGAGGGAGCAUUUGAAGGAGCAUCUGGAGUGAAUGAAAUACUUCUCACAAGUAACCGCUUGGAAAAUGUUCGGCAUACAAUGUUCAAAGGAUUGGACAGCCUCAAAACUUUGAUGUUGAGAAGUAAUCGAAUAAGCUGUGUUGGGAAUGAAAGUUUCAUAGGCCUCAGUUCUGUUCGUUUGCUUUCUUUAUAUGACAAUCAAAUUACUACAAUUGCACCGGGAGCUUUUGAUACUCUCCAUUCCUUGUCUACUCUAAACCUCUUGGCCAAUCCAUUCAACUGUAAUUGCCACCUGGCCUGGCUGGGAGAGUGGCUCAGGAGGAAAAGGAUUGUAACAGGAAAUCCUCGAUGCCAAAAGCCCUACUUCCUCAAAGAAAUCCCAAUACAGGAUGUGGCCAUUCAGGACUUCACUUGUGAUGAUGGAAAUGAUGACAACAGUUGCUCUCCACUCUCUCGUUGUCCUGUGGAAUGUACUUGCUUGGAUACAGUAGUUCGGUGUAGCAACAAAGGCUUGAAGGUUUUGCCAAAAGGCAUUCCAAGAGAUGUCACAGAACUAUAUCUAGAUGGGAACCAAUUUACACUAGUCCCCAAGGAGCUCUCUAACUACAAACAUUUAACACUUAUAGACUUAAGUAACAACCGGAUAAGCACCCUGUCCAAUCAGAGCUUCAGCAACAUGACUCAGCUUCUCACCUUAAUUCUUAGUUACAAUCGUCUGAGAUGUAUUCCCUCUCGAACAUUUGAUGGAUUGAAGUCACUUAGAUUACUUUCUCUCCAUGGAAAUGAUGUUUCUGUUGUGCCGGAAGGGACUUUCAAUGAUCUGUCUGCAUUAUCCCACCUAGCCAUUGGCGCCAACCCUCUUUACUGUGAUUGUAACAUGCAGUGGUUAUCCGACUGGGUGAAGUCGGAAUAUAAGGAACCCGGAAUUGCUCGCUGUGCUGGUCCAGGAGAAAUGGCUGAUAAACUGUUACUCACAACUCCAUCCAAAAAGUUUACAUGUCAAGGUCCUGUGGAUGUCAAUAUUCUUGCUAAGUGUAACCCGUGCUUAUCAAAUCCAUGUAAAAAUGAUGGUACCUGUAACAAUGACCCAGUUGAUUUUUAUCGGUGCACUUGUCCAUACGGUUUCAAGGGGCAGGACUGUGAUGUCCCAAUUCAUCCCUGCAUCAGUAACCCAUGCAAAAAUGGAGGAACUUGCCACUUAAAAGAAGGAGAAAGAGAUGGAUUCUGGUGUAUUUGUGCUGAUGGAUUUGAAGGAGAAAAUUGUGAAGUCAAUAUUGAUGAUUGUGAGGACAAUGACUGUGAAAAUAAUUCUACAUGUGUUGAUGGAAUUAAUAAUUACACAUGCCUUUGCCCACCUGAGUACACAGCUGCUAAUCUGAAUGAGGUGGAAAAAGGUGAGCUGUGUGAAGAGAAAUUGGACUUCUGUGCCCAGGACCUGAACCCCUGCCAGCAUGACUCCAAGUGCAUCUUGACACCAAAGGGGUUCAAGUGUGACUGCACGCCAGGAUACAUUGGUGAACACUGUGAUGUUGACUUUGAUGACUGCCAAGAUAACAAGUGUAAAAAUGGUGCUCACUGCACUGAUGCAGUGAAUGGGUACACAUGUAUCUGCCCUGAAGGCUACAGUGGCUUGUUCUGUGAAUUCUCUCCGCCCAUGGUCCUUCCUCGGACCAGCCCUUGUGAUAAUUUUGACUGUCAGAAUGGAGCCCAGUGUAUCGUGAGGAUCAAUGAGCCGCUAUGUCAGUGUUUGCCUGGCUAUCAGGGAGAGAAAUGUGAAAAAUUGGUCAGUGUGAACUUUGUAAACAAAGAGUCCUAUCUUCAAAUUCCAUCUGCUAAGGUUCAGCCUCAGACAAACAUCACACUUCAGAUUGCUACAGAUGAAGACAGUGGCAUCCUCCUGUACAAGGGAGACAAAGACCAUAUUGCUGUGGAGCUCUACAGAGGGCGAGUUCGUGCCAGCUACGACACCGGCUCUCACCCAGCUUCUGCCAUUUACAGUGUGGAGACAAUCAAUGAUGGGAACUUCCACAUUGUGGAGCUGCUUGCCCUGGACCAGAGUCUCUCCCUUUCUGUGGAUGGAGGAAGCCCCAAAAUCAUCACCAACUUAUCAAAACAAUCCACUCUGAAUUUUGACUCUCCACUCUAUGUAGGAGGUAUGCCUGAAAAGAACAAUGUGGCAUCUCUGCGCCAAGCCCCAGGACAGAACGGUACCAGCUUCCAUGGCUGCAUCCGGAACCUUUAUAUCAACAGUGAGCUGCAGGACUUCCAGAAGGUGCCCAUGCAAACUGGCAUUCUACCUGGAUGUGAGCCAUGCCAUAGAAAAGUGUGUGCUCAUGGCACAUGUCAGCCCAGCAGCCAGUCAGGGUUCACCUGCGAGUGCGAGGAAGGAUGGACCGGGACCCUCUGUGAUCAGCGGACCAAUGAUCCUUGUCUUGGAAACAAAUGCGUACAUGGCACCUGUUUGCCUAUCAAUGCCUUCUCCUACAGCUGUAAGUGCCUGGAGGGUCAUGGGGGUGUCCUCUGUGAUGAAGAGGAGGAUCUCUUCAGUCCCUGCCAGAUGAUCAAAUGCAAGCAUGGCAAGUGCAGGCUCUCUGGCCUCGGGCAGCCCUACUGUGAGUGCAGCAGUGGCUACACAGGGGACAGCUGUGACCGAGAAAUUUCUUGUCGAGGGGAAAGGAUACGAGAUUAUUUCCAAAAGCAGCAAGGCUAUGCUGCCUGUCAAACGACAAAGAAAGUGUCCCGCUUGGAGUGUAAAGGAGGAUGUGCUGGUGGGCAGUGUUGUGGACCUCUGAGGAGCAAGCGGCGGAAAUACUCUUUUGAAUGCACGGAUGGCUCCUCUUUUGUGGAUGAGGUUGAGAAGGUGGUGAAGUGUGGCUGCACGAGGUGCGCAUCCUAAAUGUGUCCCCAGCAGCUUCUAUCUGUGUCGGACUAAUUCAUGCUUCAUAGUGGAAAUAUUUGAAAUAUAUUGUAAAAUACAGAACAGACUUAUUUUUAUUAUGAGAAUAAAGACUUUUGUCUGCAUUUGGAGGAAAAAAUAAUAAAAUAAAGACAUGCUUGAGCUAAACUUUCAAGCUUCCCCUAAGCUGGAGAAGUGUGAAGAAAGCUACACUUGGAGGCAUUAGAACAACGUUGGGAACCAUUGCCACAUGGAUCCAUCUUGGAGCAUACUAAGACUCGCAGAAGCACAUACACAGAGACUGAUGAGCAACUGCACUGAUAUGAGCCUUCCCCAAGCAUUAAACCUGUGACCUGCCCCCUUCACAUCAGUGCAGUUCGCAAGGACACACCAAGCACACAGUCAUGAAUGAGACCACGAAACAGGGGAAUGGAAGUCCAGAAUCUUCAGAUAGCACAAAGGGAUGAGAAAUAUUUUUGUGCAAGCAUAAAGUAACCUGAAGCUCUGGGUUCCAUUUGGGACAGGAAAUGGGUGUAGAGUGCUGUGACACAUCUGACUUUCUUUUUAAAUGACAGCAUGUCAGCAGAAACAGCACACACGAGUGUCUAUCCAUCGCUUUCCAGUAUUAAUUUUGUUGUAAUAUAAAUGAUAAAGGAGAUGAUAAAGAGCCAAUAGAUUAUUGAUAAAUAAAUUAGUAAUAAUAUGAAUUUUCAUUUCUAUGAGUUCUAAACAGCCCUAUACAGUAUUGAGAUUCAAUGAGGAAUAUUUAUUGUGUCAAAGUACUUUGUACUUAACAUUUUAGGCCAUCCUGUUGCUGUUUCUGGAUGCUUUAAUAUAUAUUAAUUUAUAAUUAUCCUGAUAUUUUUGUACAUUUUCAAAUGUAAGUCAGGAUUUUUUUGACAAUAGUACUAACGUAGGGUGUUAUGGUGUUAUCUUGGGAUAAACAGACUGGUCUAUUUGUUGACCUUGACCUAAGACCACUGGUGUCACUGAUCUACUGCCUCAUUCAAGACACCUGCAGAAGCUUUGCAAAGUCAGCAUAGAAAAGGUGCACCAGAGUGUGCCCGCCUGCAGCAUGUCCUCACAGGAAAAGAAAAAGAUUAAGAUCUGUAGCAAUCAACAGUAGGAAGUAGACCUUUUACAAAUUAAUAUUUUCUUGACAUUUUGCCCUUAUAUUGGAAAGGGUGGGAAGAAGAAAGACUGUUAUGUCAAAAACUGUAAUUUCUCUCUAAACAAUAAAACUCCUUUAUUACUUUAGUGUUCACAUGUUAACAUGUUUGCUGCUAAAUUAUAAUGUAGAGUCGAUAAUGAGUUACAGUGGACUGUGCUCCCCUCAUUGAAAUUCCAGGGCACUCUGUAAAGAUGCAGAUGUUUCUUCCAAAAAAAAAAUUUAAGAAAGAAAAUUAGAUGUACAUGUAUAAUCCAGAGUGCUUUGUCUUUCUGCAGACUAAUAUCAGUUACACUGCUGAUGUUUGUAAAUUAAACAGAUAUCUACUUCAUUGA